UCUCGUGCUAAGCUAUCUCAAAAGGGCAUGUUGUGGGAGAGGGGUUUGGUGAAACUCCUUCAGCUUUGAGGUGUCCCUCUUAUCUGGUUAAUACCUUUCUAAGAGACAGAAAACGGCUUGCUGAAAACCAGCAAGGGGUGGGGGGCACUCCUUCUGCCCCUUUCUGAUGUCUGUGUCGGAAGCUUUGUCUGUCUCUCCUAUAUUUGAAUAAACCUUUGCUACACAAAUGUUCUGAGCGAUCCAGCCUCAUCGCUGCUCCCGGAAUUGAAAUCCUCCCGUCCGGAGGCCCAGCAUCCCGGCGUCUUCAGGGCUCUGCAACAACCUUUCAGUUUCCGGUGAUCAAGCGUCGUUGGCACACACAGAAGGAGUCGAAACCUCCUCAGAGCCGUCCUCUGUCUUUCCAUUUUGGGAGCGGACACGAGACAAGGGGGAAAGCACGCGACAUUUCAGGACUUGUGCAAGGGGGCAUUUUCAAGGCAACCACCUCCCUGCUUUGGGACAGGGGCCAGCAAACGCCCCGUGUGACUUGAGCCAUGCGCCGGAGCCCUAUUUGUGAAUGAAAAGGCUCCCUGUUUCCGGCUGUCUGAGAUCCCUUGGCAAACAUUACCAUCUCUCAAGGAGCACAGAAGAUCUUCUGUCGACAGGCCAAAAAAAAAAAGGACGGACGACAGGCCCUCCCUACAGAAGUUCUUCUGUGCUAUUUUGCAGAUUGCAAGGCUUGCUGAGUCCGCGCACAACCUAACUUGGGGCAGGCAGGACCGCUGCUACUCCGGAGUCUGAAUCAGCCGCACAUGCGUGGACUGCACGGACCUCCUGGGGUCAGAGCCUGAGAUCACAUCUCCUGCACGCGGCCCGCUGACCUCGGCUUCCCGGGCCGGAGACUGCCCUGCAGGAAAUACAAGGAGAGAGAGGACAUGUUACAUCUGGAACACUCUUGCCUCGUCCGACCCUUGUCUUUCAGGAGCUGGCUGGCGCUCGCCGUCGUUGCGCUUCUGGGUCCGAAACCCUCAGCCUGCGGCCCGCCACCGGGCCCCCGGCCGAACAUCCUCCUUCUGAUGGCGGACGAUCUCGGCAUUGGAGACGUCGGUUGCUACGGCAACACCACCAUCAGGACUCCAAACAUCGACCGCCUCGCGGCGGCUGGCGUGAAGCUCACCCAGCAUCUGGCCGCCGCCCCUGUGUGCACCCCAAGCAGAGCGGCGUUUUUAACAGGCAGAUACCCGCUCCGAUCAGGUAUGGUUUCCAGUCAAGGUCACCGUGUUCUCCGGUGGACAGCGGUCUCUGGAGGACUUCCGCCCAGUGAAAUAACUUUUGCAAAAAUACUGAAAGACAGAGGCUAUACCACCGGACUCAUAGGAAAAUGGCAUUUGGGUCUCAACUGUGCGUCUGCCAACGAUCACUGCCACCACCCGCUCAAUCACGGCUUCGACUAUUUCUACGGAAUGCCGUUCAGCAUGAUGGCAGACUGCGAGCGCUGGGGACUCUCCGAGAAGCGUGCGGUCCUGGAGCAUCGACUCGGUGUCUGUUCCCAGCUCGUGGCCUUGGCCGCCCUCACGCUCACCCUCGGGAAGCUCACCCACCUGAUCCCAGCCUCCUGGACUCCGGUCAUCUGGUCGACCGUCGUGUGCCUCCUGCUCUUCACCACCUCCCGUGUGGUGGGCGCCCUGAUCGCGCACGCGGACUGCUUUCUGAUGCGGAAUCACUCCAUCGCAGAGCAGCCCAUGCGCUCUCAGAGGACGACGCCACUCAUGCUCCAGGAGGUCUCAUCCUUCGUCAAAAGAAACAAGCAAGGACCUUUCCUCCUCUUUGUGUCCUUUCUACACGUCCACACCCCACUUGUCACGACUGAGAACUUCCGUGGGAGGAGUCCCCACGGGCUUUACGGGGACAACACAGAAGAGAUGGACUGGAUGGUGGGCCAGAUCCUUGAUACUUUGGACACAGAAGGGUUGACCAACAGCACCCUCGUUUAUUUUACAUCGGAUCACGGCGGGUCCUUAGAGGCUCAGUCUGGAAACAACCAGUAUGGUGGCUGGAAUGGGAUAUACAAAGGCAGCAAAGGCACGGGCGGCUGGGAAGGCGGGAUCCGGGUCCCGGGGAUAUUCCGGUGGCCUGGGGUCCUGCCGGCCGGCCGCGUGGUCCAUGAACCCACCAGUCUGAUGGACGUCUUCCCCACCGUGGUCCACCUGGCGGGUGGCCAGGUGCCCCAGGACAGGGUGGUGGACGGCCGGGACCUGCUGGCCCUGCUCCAAGGGACCACGCAGCACUCGGACCACGAAUUCCUCAUGCACUACUGCGAGAGCUUUCUGCACGCCGCCCGGUGGCACCAACGCGACCGGGGCGCAGUGUGGAAAGUCCACUUCGCGACCCCCGUCUUCCAGCCGGACGGCGCAGGCGCCUGCUACGGGCAGCUGGUGUGCCCCUGCUCCGGGGACCGGGUAACCCAGCACGCCCCACCGCUGCUCUUCGACCUGUCCCGAGACCCUUCCGAGGCCCACGCCCUCACGCCGGACACGGAGCCCUCGUUCCACCGGGUGGUGGAGACCGUGGCCCGGGCCGUGGCGGCCCACCGCCGGACGCUCAGCCCGGUUCCGCUGCAGCUGGACGCGGCCGACAACACGUGGAAGCCGUGGCUGCAGCCAUGCUGCGGUCGGUUUCCCUUCUGCUGGUGCGAUCGGGACGCGGACCCACGAUAGGAGCCCGCCUGGGAAACCCGGCUCCCCGAGCCCCUGCAGGUCUUCACUGGCGUCAAACAAAUAUAAAACACCAGUGUGAAGUCAAGUCGCCUGCUUGUGUGGGCUUGAAUCCUUUCUCCACCACUUCGAAAGUCACCUAACUGAAGAAUCCAGGCUGCGGUCAGUGUAGGGCAGUGGUGGGCGGGAAGGAAAGGCUGAGAUGUAUGAAGACAGUAACUUGGAAACUCACAUUGCCCUGCGUUGUGCCAGGCUCUUUGCGACCCCAUGGACUGUAGCCCCCACCAGGCUCCUCUGUCCAUGGAAUUCUCCAGGCAAGAACACAGGAGCGGGUUGCCAAGCCCUCCUCUCGGGGAUCUUCCCGACCCAGAGAUCGAACCGCAUUGCAGGCAGAUUCUUUACCAGCUGAGCCUCCAGGGAAGCCCGGAAACUUACAUGACCAUGUGUCAAUUACAUAACCAAUGGGAAUUUGCGGUAUUGCUCAUGGAACUCAAACAGGGGCUCGGUAACAACCCAGAGAGGUGGGGGGUGGGACGGAGGUUCAAGAGGGAGGGGACACAGGUAUACCUAUGGCUGAUUCAUGCUGAGGUUUAGCAGAAGCCAACCAACGUCUAUAAAGCAAUUAUCCUUCAAUUAAAAAGAUAAAUCAAUAAUAAAAAAGAAAAGAAUCCAGUACUUGUUUUUAUGUUUUGACUAUGAGAAAGACAAGUAUCCUAUAUUAAUGCACAUGGGAGAAGGGGACGACAGGGGAUGAGAUGGCUGGAUGGCAUCACUGACUCGAGGGACAUGAGUUUGGGUAAACUCCGGGAGUUGGUGAUGGACAUGGAGGCCUGGCGUGCUGUGGUCCAUGGGGUCGCAAAGAGUCGGGCGACUGAAGUGAAGUGAAUGCACAUACAUGGAAUCUAGAAAGAUGGUCCUGGCGAUCCUAAGUGCAGAGCAGCAAAGGAGGCGAAGACAUAAAGGGCAGACUUCCAGACACAGCGGGGGAAGAACGGGGUGGGACGGACGGAUAGGGUAGCCUUGAAACAUAUGUCCUAUCCUUCAUAAGGUGGACAGCCAUUGGGAAUCUGCUGUACGGCGCAAGGAAGCCAAAGCUGGCGCUCUAUGACGGACUAUAGGGGUGGGAUAGGGAGGGAGGUCCAAGAAGGAAGGGACAUAUGUACACCUACGGCUGAUUCAGGUUGAGGUAUGGCAAAAGCCAGCAUGAUAUUGGGAAGUAAUGACUCUCCAAUUAAAAAAAAAAUGACUCCUAAGCUAAAAUAUAUAAAUGAACUUAUCUAUACUACAGAAACCCGGGUCUGAUGCCUGGGUUGGGAAGAUUACCCCCCUGGAAGAGGAAA